AUGGCGAGGAAACAGAGGCGAGGAACAGAGGGCGAGAAGAUGGCGAGAACAGAGGGCGAGGAACAGAGGGCGAGGAAGAUAGGGAGGAACAGAGGGCGAGGAAAGAUGGCGAGGAACAGAGGGCGAGAAACAGAGGGCGAGGAACAGAGGGCGAGGAACAGAGGGCGAGGAAGAUGGCGAGGAACAGAGGGGCGAGAAGAUGGCGAGGAACAGAGGGCGAGGAACAGAGGGCGAGAAGAUGGCGAGGAACAGAGGGCGAGGAAGAUGGCGAGAAGAUGGCGAGAGGAGAGAACCUAUAGGGGACACCUCCACGCCUUCAACAAGGACACCUCCACGCCUGUAACAAGGACACCCCACGCCUGUAACAAGGACACACUCCACGCCUUCAACAAGGACACCUCCACGCCUGUAACAAGGACACCUCCACGCCUUCAACAAGGACACCUCCACGCCUUCAACAAGGACACCUCCACGCCUUCAACAAGGACACCUCCACGCCUGACACCUCCACGCCUUCAACAAGGACACCUCCACGCCUGUAACAAGGACACCUCCACGCCUUCAACAAGGACACCUCCACGCCUUCAACAAGGACACCUCCACGCCUGUAACAAGGACACCUCCACGCCUGCAACAAGGACACUUCCCACGCCUGUAACAAGGACACCCUCCACGCCUCAACAGGGACACCUCCACGCCUUCAACAAGGACACCUCCACGCCUGUAACAAGGACACCUCCACGCCUUCAACAAGGACACCCCCACGCCUGUAAAAAGGACACCUCCACGCCUGUACAGACACCUCCACGCCUGUAA